CGGCAGUUGUACGAGCGGUUUCGACGCGGAAACAGCGUCUCUAUCCUUUUGGGUUUUAGUCAACUAUCGGUUCAAAAAAGAUCAUAGUACAUUUUUUCUCACGAGUGCUGUAAGCAACAACAACAGUUACGCAACUAUCUAGUUUAAAAAUAGCUCCCCGUGUUUCCGUACCUUAGCCUUGGCGAAGUUGUUUUAUUUUUUUUUUUGUUUAGUGUCGAGAGUGAUGCUGGAUUUUAUUGGGGUUUUGUGAUAGUGUUGACGCUGUUUUUUAAACGAAAAUGACCCGGGAACAGAAUUAAAGUAGCGCGCGAUCCCGUCGCUCCCCCAACCGCCAGAACAUGUUGUCGGCCGGCAUGGGAUACGGGGCGGCUCCAGGGGCGGUUUCUGGGGCGACGCCCCCCUAUUCGCCACCCCCCACUGCUCGUCACAGUCCCCUGCCUAGUUUCGGGUUCACGCAGGAGCAAGUGGCUUGCGUGUGCGAGGUUCUUCAACAAGCAGGAAACGUAGAAAGACUCGGUAGGUUCCUCUGGUCCCUACCAGCAUGUGAUAAACUCCACAACAACGAAUCAGUACUUAAAGCAAAAGCCAUCGUGGCAUUCCAUAGGGGCAAUUUUAAAGAUUUAUAUAAAAUAUUAGAAGGGCACCAGUUUAGCCCUCAUAACCACACUAAGCUGCAAGCAUUAUGGCUAAAGGCGCAUUAUAUUGAGGCUGAAAGGCUUAGAGGUCGGCCCUUAGGGGCGGUAGGGAAAUACCGUGUCAGGAGAAAAUUUCCUUUGCCAAGAACAAUAUGGGACGGCGAAGAAACUAGUUAUUGUUUUAAAGAAAAGUCCAGAAGUGUCCUAAGGGAUUGGUACUCACACAAUCCUUAUCCUAGUCCUAGAGAGAAGAGGGAAUUGGCUGAAGCAACAGGCCUAACCACCACCCAAGUUUCAAAUUGGUUUAAGAAUAGGAGGCAAAGAGACAGGGCGGCCGAACAUAAAGAUAGUAAUCAGUCAAUCACGGAUGGAAAACCCCAUCACAUGGACACCAGCGGGUCUGAGAGCGAGUCCGAGAGUCACAAAAUGGCUAGUUACAGCCACUCAGGGGGGAUGAUUGCUCCUCAACUUAAUCCUUACCCCAGCCUGACGACAGGAAUGGCGCAGCCCUUAUAUCAAACCCCUACUGGUAUCCUGCAUGACUACCAGACAUUGUGACAGUGGCUUACUGUACCGCCUGAGCCUACCUCCGUUAUUCCAAAUAACGGUACUAAUAGUAACAUGUAAAAAAAAGUUAGUUUAAUUGAAGCUCUUGGUCUAAUGCACACCACGCAAAGCAUAAAAUACAAGUGCGGCUGUAAAAUAGUUAUUUCGGCGUAAAACGUCAGCAAAUUUUGUAUUUUUGUGUAUAUUUUUUUAAAUACGAAAUUCACACAAUCACCGAGCUUAUGUUAUUAUACUUAUCAUUACCAGCACUCUCCCGAAUUAUAAUUUUUAUUAUAAUAAAGGAACAAACGGUUUAAAAGACACUCAUGGCUUAUGCCAGGCAAUAGUUUAUUCCAUAUCCAAUAUCCAAACACAUGUGUAUAAAUAGAUUAUAAGAUUGAAUAUUUUAGCUCAACAAUGACUUUCCAAUUCGAAUUUGGUUCAAUAUUGUAGAAAAUUGUUUUUAAGGUUAACGGUUAUUUUCUUCGAUAUAAAUAGAUUUACCUAAUUUUAUUUUUAUCUGUUUAUUGUUUUUUGUUAUUGAAUAAAAUUGUUUUAUAAAAAAAAUGCUGUAAAUAAAUAAAAUGUGAUUUUUAACCUAA